AUGGACAAGCUCCUCAGCGUCGGAAAGGACAUGCUCCAGCAGCAGCUGUCUGGUCAGGGGAACAGUCAAGGACAAUCCAGCUUCCAAGAUGACACCCUCAAACAAGCCCAGCAGCACGCGUCCAACAACGCCGGCCCCUCCGGCAGCAGCGACUUAUUCUCCAACAUCAUGAACGCCGUAGGCAACAAGCAGGAAAAGAUUCAAAACGAAGACAUUGACGAAGAGGACGCCAUCAAGCAGCACCAGAAUGUGUAUCAAAACGACGGCAAAGGCGACUCCAGCUCCCUCGGCACAGCUGCCGCGAUGCAGGCCCUCAAGAAAUUCACGCAGUCGGACAACAGUGCGAGUUCGGGACAGGGCCAGGCUGCGUUUUUGGGCAUGGCCAUGUCGGAGGCAACCAAGCUCUUUGAUUCCAAGGCCGCGCAGGGAAAGGUUGCGGAUGGGGCGAGCAAGGAGAAUGUUGUGCAGCAGGCGGUUGAGAUGGCUAUGAAGAUGUAUUUCAAGAGUCAGGCUGGGUCGCAGGGGGGUUUGGCUGGGAUGGCGGCCAAGUUUUUGGGUUGA